AUGCAAGAGCCUAACAAGUCCUCUGUGACAGAAUUCAUCCUUCUGGGCUUCUCCUUCAGCCCUAGGACCACUCCUCUGUUCUUCUCAGUCUUCCUGAUGACCUACUUGUUGAUUAUUCUGGGUAACAGUUUGAUCACCAUCCUCAUCUGCCUGGACUCACGUCUCCACACACCCAUGUACUUCUUUAUUGGCAUUCUUUCCGUGUUGGAUCUGGGUUACACCACUACAACUGUGCCCCAGAUGUUGGUACAUCUGGCCAGUGAGAACAAGACCAUCUCUUUUGCCAGCUGUGUGGCCCAAAUGUACAUUUUCUUGGUGCUAGGCAUCACCGAGUCCUGGCUCUUUGCCGUCAUGUCUAUAGACAGGUACAUGGCCAUCUGCCACCCACUCAGGUACAAGGUCAUCAUGAGCCCACGGUUAUGUGGGAUAAUGGUCAUUUUCUGUGGUCUCUGGGGUGUCAUCUCUGCUCUUGUCUACACUCUCUUUGCCAUGUGCCUGCCCUACUGUGGCCCUAACAAGAUCAACCACUUCUUCUGUGAAGUCCCUGCAGUCUUAAAGCUGGCUUGUGCAGACACCUCAGUCAAUGACCAGGCAGACUUCAUUCUUGGCUUUAGUGUCAUCCUAGUUCCACUCGCCCUCAUCCUUGUCAUUUAUGUCAACAUCUUCAUUGCUAUCUUGGGGAUCCGUUCAGCCCAGGGACGACUCAAGGCCUUCUCCACCUGUGCCUCCCACAUCAGUGUGGUCACCAUGUUCUGUGUGCCAGCCAUGGUCAUGUACAUGAAGCCUGGCGCUGAGGUCUCCCCAGAGGAGGACAAGAAGUUGGCCUUGCUCUACAACAUCAUCUCUGCUUUCCUCAACCCCAUCAUCUACAGCCUCCGGAACAAGGAUGUGAAGAGGGCUUUCCUCAAGGUAACAGGUUGGGGCAGGGCCCCAGAAUGA